UGAUUACGGGGGAAUCAGAUUGAGCGAUAAGCAAGCACAGGUUUUAAAGUUUCAACUAAUAAGCUAGUUUCUUUAUGACAUUGGAAGUUUACUUAUGAUUGUUUCCAUUUUAAAAUUGAAUGAUAUCACCGAGCUGAAGGAGGAUGCUUGCUCCUGCAGUUGCAAUAAUAAUGAUUUUUCUAUUGAUGAUUUGAGAGCCCUUGAUUUCCAAGACGAUGGGGAUAAUGGUGAUAGAGAUCUUGAUCAAGACAUUUGUUUGAUUGGUGACGGCGGAAGGCGGCGGAGCGGGGCAGCGCUGAAGUAUGGUUACGAAGAAGAGGAGGAGGAAGAAGAAGAAGAGUCGAGUGAUGAUGUGGGUGUGAUUCGGAAUAUGAAUGAAAUGGAAGAUAAGCUCUUUUGGGACACUUGCAUGGCGGGAGGGUACCCCUGAACCUUUAAAUUUGUUGUUCUGUCAUAAACCCUAUAUCUCAUUUUAGUUACAAAACCAUUUUUAUGAUUAUUCUAUUUGGAUCCAUUGAGAUUUGAAUUUCUAAAUUUGUUUGUUCUUUUA